AUAACAAUAAAAAUAAUUGUAUAUAUAUAAAAGUGUCUAGAACAGUAGAACAUAGAGCUCUAUAUGAGUUGAUAACAUCAUAUAUAAUUCAACUGUUUAGAACCUAGUAGAUAUGUACAUACCUAUCAAAUCUUAAUUCGUGAUUUGAAAGAAAGUAGAAACUAGUUUCUAGAAAGCUAUCAGUUUCAGCGGUGUGAAUAUGGUACUACCAUAGAAAAGACGUACUACUUAUGUGAUUGGAUACCAUUGAAUGACAAUUGAUCUUUAAAUCAAAAUGUUUGGAAAUGUUGUGAAGCUCGAUUGGCAGAGUACUGCUGAGGGAGAAACUAUAAUGCAACAUUUUUACAAUCCACUGACAAAUGGUAGAAAAUUUUUUGGGCUGUUGGAAAGACCUAUUCUGCCAAACAUAGAAGAAGUAUCGUACAAAUUGUUUUUUGUCGGGAAAAGCGGAGCUGGAAAAUCAUCCACUAUUGCUCGACUAGCAGGGAUAUUAAAUUUUGAUGAAGAGUAUGUAGAAACUCGAGGAAUACGUAAAAGUAAUAUUUAUUGGCCUGUCAAAGUGUGGGAUAGAAUUAUUCUAUUCCGACUGCAGUGUUGGGAUGCUGGUGACAGAGACACAAAAAAAUUUGGUCACAUAUUGCCGGUGUGUAAAGAAGAGGCAGAUGUCAUUGUGUUUGUAUUUUCCUUUACGGACCCUAGUGGAUUAAGUACUAUUUCAACAAAUUUGCCUAUAUACUUGAACGAUAAAAGUAAACCGGCUCCUAUUGUUAUUGGCACAAAGUAUUGUGCUGGUGAUUUUACUGCUAAAGUUACUAUUGAUGACAUUGAUGAAUUUGAAAAAACACAAAACAUCACUAUAUUGAAAAUAAACAAAACAGAUGGAAAAUACGAUUCAAACGAAACCGAGAUAACAGCUUACACAUUAAAUGUAAUUUGUGAACAGUUAUGGAUAAGAGAUCAAAACUAUAUAUUAAAUCAGGAAAUGGAAUCUUCUCAAAUUGUUUGACCGAAGUGUUGUGGAUUAAUUUGUCGUCUUAUCCUACCCCAAAGUUGCCAAAGAUGAACAUUUUAUUUUUGGAAAACCUCUGUAUAGUCUUGUUGGAGAUGAAAAAGGCAAUUAAAAAAAUGUUAUGGUAUUAGCAAAAUAUGAUAAAAAUUCUUAUAGCAAAUUCUGUUUUUAAAUCUAUUUGAAGUGGCCAGGAAAAAUCUUAGAAGCUUAAUAUUGUCAUCUUACUUUACCUUCUCCUACGUAUUUUUCAAAUAUAACACUACCUAAUGUGUCACACGGAUAAAUUAAUUGUAGAACAAAAUUGGAUGAUACUGUUUGUACAUAAAAAUCUAUUGAAGUUGAAUAAAAGUGUAAAUGUGUGUUUUUCAUGCACAUUUGUCAAAGUUGUAAUUAUUA